AUGGCAAAACAGACAGGUCAUGCUUCGAUUGGCUCCAAUCAAUCCAGUAUGUCAAUGGCUCCACGGCCUCGUCGACCUGGAAUGCCUGGGAGAUCUAGGACCGUUAAAUAUCAACAUCUCUAUCCAACCAUGUCCUCCCAGGAAACCUUUAUGGAAGAAAUUCUUAAUCCAUCUAGUCCUGCCUCACAACAAGAAACAGUCAGUCAAGAUGUUGCAUCACAACUAAGGGAAUCGACGAAGGUUGCCUCAGAAGCAUCAGAACUAGCUGCUUCAAUGACCAAGGCUGAGAAAAGCGUAGGUAAACUUCUAGAUGAGUUGCUUGCUUGUGAUUCUAAAGAGCUGGAUGGGGAUGGAGCAGUCACUUUGUUACAGGACCGCUUGCUGGUCAAGCCACUUGACAUGGAGAAGUUGAACCUCCCUGAGCUGCUUUAUGUACAAAGGAGCAAUUUGAAUGCGUUGGGAGGAAAUUUGCCAAAGCCAAGGAAUGUGUUAUCAGACAUACGUAAUUUACCAAGAAGGACUAUAACUCCUAUGAAGCAGCAAAUUGCAGGAAAUUCUGCUCCCAGUUUUGGUUCGCCCACUCUGUCGAAAAGUCCAUUGGCUUCGCUAGCAUUAUUGAGGAAACGCAUGCUGCAGUCAAAUCCACCAACUGAUCCAUUUUCAGUUUUGGAUAUUGAUCAGCCACCAGACACAAAUACUUCUUCAUUUGAAAACAUCAAAAAUUCCGCUGAUCCAGUUAACACUGAAAAUGACUUGAGCAUGCUGAAGUCUCUAAUAAUUGAAGAAGAUGACACAACAGCUGGUAAUAUUAGUCCAACUGAGGUGGCUAUUGGAGAUUCUGGAACUUCUUUGAAUAAAUCUCUGAAUGACAAUUUGACUAGUCUUGGUUCUGGUAGUGAUGUUCGUCCUAGCAAAUCUAGUGCUGAGGUGGAGAAUAGCAAUGCCAGUGUGGAUAAUGGGGUCAUAAAUGAGAAUUUACGCCAGCUUGGUGAUGAUGCAGAGAUUCAAACAAACAGUCUAAAUGAACUGGAGGACAUGGUGGAAGAUAUUCAGCAGAAAACUGUAGAUAAAUCUCUGAAUGACAAUUUGAGUAGUCUUGGUUCUGGUAGUAAUGUUUGUUCUAGCAAAUCUAGUGCUGAGGUGGAGAAUAGCAACAUUGGUGUGGAUGAGAAUUUGAGUCUGCUUGGUGGUGAUGUGGAUAUUCAAACAAACGGGCCAAAUGAACUGGAGGUCUUGGUGGAAGAUAUUCAGCAGAAAGCUGUGGAUUCUGCACAGCCUGAUGACACAGCCAUGGAGUUUUUGAACACACGGGAUCAGUUUGAACAAUUAAGCCCUGCAUUUGUUGAAGACCAUGCAAUGGAUAGUUGCCCUGAAACCACAGACAGUGGUCCAGAACAAACCAAAGACGAUGCUCCAGAGCAUCAUAGUGAGAGUGUUGAGGAACCUCCUGUGGUAUUAACAAAUAAACAAACCAAAGCAAAAUCGCAUGCAGCCAAAGGACGCAAGAAUGGAUCACUCUCUAGGAGGCAAAGCCUUGCAGCUUCUGGUACAUCAUGGGAAACAGGAGUGAGGCGAAGCACCAGGAUUAGAUCAAGACCUUUGGAGUAUUGGAAAGGGGAAAGAUUUUUAUAUGGCCGCAUUCAUAGUAGUUUGGCUACUGUAAUUGGGAUGAAGUACGAGUCUCCAGGAAAUGAUAAAGGAAAACCUGCUCUCAAGGUGAAAUCGUUUGUCUCUGAUCAAUACAAGGAUUUGGUUGAACUAGCUGCUCUGCAUUGA